CGAGGACAAUUGCGGUCAAUCGUCGUCUUAGCAAAUGGGUUGUGUGCUAUUUUUUUUCCAGUGGUGCUGCUUUCAGUGACAUAUGUUGUCAUAGUGUAGCGUAAGCGAGUGCCGAAGGGCAAGCACAAUAUGGGUGAACCGCUUCUCAUACAGCUUUUCAUAGCAUCAGCUAUUCCGGUUGUGAAAAUUUUGCUCAUAUGUGGAAUCGGAGCCUUCUGUGCACGCAAGGGUCUGUUGACGGCGGAGGGUCGCCGGGUGCUGGGGGCCCUGUCCUUCCUCGUCUUCAACCCCUCGCUCAUCUUUGUUAAGCUGGCGAGCACGCUGACCCCCUCGCGGCUGCUGCACUGGUGGCCGCUGAUGCUCAAUACGGGUAUAAGCACCGCCGUGGGCCUGGGUUUGGGCUACCUCGGGGUGCGGCUGGUGCGACCCGUGGGUCACCUGCGACCCCACACCGUGGUGGCCAUUGCUCUGGGCAACCUGGGCAACCUGCCGCUGGUGAUCGUGUCCUCCCUGGCCGCCUCCUCCUCCGCGCUGCUGGGCGGCAUCCCGCCGGACCGCGCGGAGGACCUGGCUGUGAGCUACGUGGUGGUGGGGCUGCUGCUGCCCAGCAUCGCGCAUGCAACCAUAGGCUUUAGCAUGCUGCGUAAGCGGGAAGAAGCAGAGGCGCUGCCCGGCACUGCGGCUGCGGCGGAGGAGGACGGGCCGACAAAGGCUGAGGCGCAGUCAGCGCAGCAGCACCAGCCAAGUAAACCCAGCGCUGCAGCAACAGUAGCAGGUCCGGCUAGCACGGAUCUAGGACAAAAGGCCGCAAUGGUUGCGGACGUCGCUGCUGCUGCUGCUGCUGCUGUUAUCACCACCCCGCCGCAGCUGCUGUCCGCAGGCACCUCCCCCCACCCGCACUCGCAGCAGCAGCAAGCGCACUCGCAGUCGCAGCAACCGCAGCAGCAGCAGGGUAUGGAGCUGGUGGGGCUAAGGCACCACCACCACCAACAGCAACAACAGCUACUGCAUGACCGCUCGUGCGAGCUACAAGAAGGCCGGCAUGAGUCGUACCUGCAACCGCUGCAAGAUGAAAGCUUCAACCUGCAGCAGCGCGAGGAGCGGUUGGUGGGUGGGGGUUGUGUACGGCAGGAUGGGAAGCAGCACCUCCCUCUACAGAUGGCGGCUGAGCUGGCGCAUGAACACGACCGGGUGCCCCUCCUUCGGGAGGAGGCGACAGCGGUGGAGGAGACAGCGGCGGCGGCGGCAACAAAACCUGCGCUGGCCACCAACGGUUGGCACCACGACACGCACCGCUCACCCUCAUCGCAACAGCCGGCGAUGUUAGCAGAGUCGUACGGCAACCAUGCGUCGUACAACCAAACGUUGUACGACGACAACGGGGACGACGGCGGAGGGGUUUCCGGUAGGGGUGACGGCGGUGGAGGGGCUGGCGGGUGCGACGCGGAAGGCCGUGGCGACGGCGAUGG